CGUUCUUCGAGCGGCACGUGUGCUUCGCACCCGCCACGCCCUCCACGCGAUCGCAACUUCGCGCGCCGUCACAAACGCGCCUUCAGUCAUCGCAGCGACCGGCUGCGACUCGGACGCCUCUUACUCUCGCUUACUAACUCAGACCGACAAUGUGCCGGAUUUAUGUGUCGACAAUAGUUGUGAUCGAACAGGUGCAGCCCGCUAGCGGUGUAUAAGUGUUGCGGUUAGCCCGCCAGUGAACUCGGUGACUGUGUGAACGUUGUCGCGGUCCAGCGCCGCCGUAGGGAUUCGAAUCUGAGCAGCCGCUAAGUGCGGCCGAGCAUGACGAUGGACCAGCAGGCAGGCCUCAUGUCCCUCAAUAUGUCCGCGUUCGACCUGAGCCCGGGUCCCGAUGGCUCCGGCUCGGGCGGAGGGCCCUCCAGCGCCUCUCAACAGUACGUGCCGCAGGGCGCCGCGUACCAGUGCACACCCGACCAGCAGCCUUUCGGCUAUGCCAACUUGGACACUUCAUAUCUAUUUCCGACAGGCACCGGCGAGCCGGGUGCCUACCUCCCCGCAGCCGCGACGGUAUGCGACCAGACCGACACCAAGGAUGUCAUAGAAGAGCUAUGCCCCGUGUGCGGCGACAAAGUCAGCGGCUACCACUACGGCCUGCUAACCUGCGAGUCCUGCAAAGGAUUCUUCAAGCGGACCGUACAGAACAAGAAGGUGUACACGUGCGUCGCAGAACGCGCCUGCCACAUUGACAAAACACAGAGGAAACGGUGUCCCUUCUGCCGAUUCCAAAAGUGUCUCGACGUCGGCAUGAAGCUCGAAGCUGUUCGCGCUGAUCGUAUGCGCGGUGGGCGCAACAAGUUCGGUCCGAUGUACAAGCGCGACCGCGCCCGCAAGCUGCAGAUGAUGCGGCAGCGCCAGAUCGCAGUGCAGACACUGCGCGGUUCCCUCGGCGACGGCGGCCUCGUGCUCGGCUUCGGCUCACCUUACACUGCCGUGCCUGUCAAGCAGGAGAUACAGAUUCCUCAAGUGUCGUCACUGACAUCCUCACCGGAGUCAUCGCCGGGGCCCGCGCUAAUGGCUGCGCCGCCUCAGCCGCCCCAGCCGCCGCCGCUGCCGUCACACGACAAGUGGGAGGCGCACUCGCCGCACUCGGCCUCGCCUGACGCGUUCGCUUUUGACGCGCCCGCCACUGCCGCCGCCACUCCUUCCAGCACGGAGCCCACCAGUACCGACACGCUGCGUGUCUCGCCCAUGAUCCGGGAGUUCGUGCAGACCAUCGACGACCGAGAAUGGCAGAACUCGCUCUUCGGACUCUUGCAGAGCCAAACCUACAACCAGUGCGAGGUCGAUCUCUUCGAAUUAAUGUGCAAAGUGCUCGACCAGAACCUCUUCUCUCAGGUCGACUGGGCGAGAAACACCGUGUUCUUUAAGUAUUUAAAGGUCGAUGACCAGAUGAAGCUACUGCAAGAUUCAUGGUCCGACAUGUUGGUCCUAGACCACCUUCAUCAGCGGAUGCAUAACGGCUUGCCCGACGAGACCACGCUCCACAACGGACAGAAGUUCGACCUUCUGUGCCUGGGUCUGUUAGGUGUGCCUGCGUUGGCCGACCACUUCAAUGACCUGCAGAACAAAUUAGCCGAACUCAAGUUCGACGUGCCGGAUUAUAUUUGCGUCAAAUUCCUCCUCUUGUUGAAUCCUGAGGUGAGGGGCAUCGUGAAUGUGAAGUGCGUACGCGAUGGAUAUCAGACGGUGCAAGCUGCGCUGCUUGAUUACACGCUCACCUGUUACCCCUCGAUACAGGACAAAUUUAGUAAAUUGGUCACCCUGGUCCCGGAGAUUCACGCUCUAGCGGCCCGAGGGGAAGAACAUCUGUACCAGAGACAUUGCGCCGGACAGGCGCCCACGCAAACUCUGCUUAUGGAAAUGCUUCACGCCAAGCGCAAGCCGAAUGGAGGCGAAAUGGUUACCCGGAACGCUGAGCACGCCUCGACUCUAGACAGAUUGUGCGGAUUCCUGCCCAGUGACACGAUUGAGCCGCAUUCGCCAAUAUAGAAUGUUGAAGUGGCAGCGGGGUGUGGAGAGAGUGAAGUUGCGCCAAGCGCUCCCGACAACUUCACCAAUGAUGUUCUACAAAAUAUUACUUAUCACUUAGUUUUAGUUUUUAACUUGGUGUGUGAUUAAUUAUAAUAAGUUAUUGCACCGAGCGCCGGCCGCCGCGCCGCGCGUGCCUAGUCCCAAUACAGAUAAAACAAAAUAUUUAUCUACCUAAUCUCUGUUACAUAAAACUAUACAGGAUGUGUCGUAUACCAGUCUCGUGUUGUAGCUACGAUUUUAUUUAUUGAGCAGCAUGUUUUUGUGUUACUUUCAAAAUUGUUGUUUAGUGUAAAUCAUUAAAUAGACUAGUGUUUACGUCUAUCUUAACAUCGGUGCGGAAGGGAAAAUAUAACAGUACAUUAAGGAAAGCGUCUGUGAUUAUAAAUGAUGAAAAUUGGAUACCGUUGUAAUGAUAGUUGAUGUCUUAUUGUAUAAAUGUUAGUUAGUUAGGGAUAUGCAAGUCGCGGCGGCCGCGCGCCGACCACGGCCGCCGCACAUUUCGUGUUACUUAUUAAAUUUACUUUCUCGUUUAAGCCUUCGACAAGCACGUUGCAAAGGACCUAUAUCAUUUCAGUGUUAAACCCCCCCACCCCUUUCACCCCUCACCCACCACUUUCGUAUCUUCGGUGGAACACAAAAUGAAUGUAGUAGUUGGGCCAGGCAUAUGUAAAUGUUAUCCAGAGUUGAUAUUACAAAAUUGUAUCGUCUACAUAUUUAAAUAUAUCACUAU